AUGCAAAUACAAUGCCUUUCCAAGGUAACAGUUUGGUGUGGUAUGACACCAUGUCAAGUUAUUGGCCCUUUUCUUUUGGAGGAAACAAUGAAUGGAGAGCGCUGUCUCAACAUGCUCGAAAACAGAGUUUGGCCAGCUUUGUCAACGUUUGAUAACAUUGAAAAUAUGAUAUUUAUGCAAGAUAGAGCUCCACCACACUUUACAUCGAAUGUCCGACAGUGGCUGGAUAACCGCUUUCCAGGGCGUUGGUUAGGUCUUCGCGGACCACACGAAUGGCCUGCUCGUAGCCCGGACCUCACGCCUGGCGAUUUUUUCCUGUGGGGUUGGGCAAACGAUGACGUCUAUCGCUCAGAACCUCGCACUCUUGAUGACCUGGAAGUAAGAAUUCAGCAAGGGCUAACAAAUGUACCUCAACACUUGCUACAAAAGUUCGUAGCGGAUAUUCCAAGACGUUUGCAAAACUGGUAG